AUGCAUGCUACAGAUCCUAAUAAGGGUCCAUUAGAUCAUGUCUAUUUUACUCAACACAUUUUUAAACUGUGUUUGUUUCUUCUACCUUUGUUCAGGGGAGCUUUCUCAGAGGUGGUUCUAGCAGAGGAGAAGAGGACCCAGAGGCUGGUGGCCAUCAAGUGUAUCCCUAAGAAAGCGUUGGAGGGCAAAGAGAACAACAUCGAGAAUGAGAUUGCGGUACUACACAGAAUCAAACACGCUAACAUUGUCACACUGGAGGACAUCUUUGAAAAUACAUCCCAUCUAUAUCUUGUCAUGCAGCUGGUAUCUGGAGGUGAGUUGUUUGACAGGAUAGUGGAGAAAGGUUUCUACACUGAGAGAGAUGCCAGCCAACUUAUCCACCAGAUAUUGGAUGCAGUCAAAUAUCUCCACGAUAUGGGCAUCGUCCACAGAGACUUGAAGCCAGAGAAUCUGCUGUAUUACAGUAUGGACGAAGACUCUAAAAUUAUGAUCAGUGACUUCGGAUUGUCGAAGAUUGAGGGAGCAGGCAGUGUCAUGUCCACAGCCUGCGGUACGCCUGGAUAUGUGGCUCCCGAGGUGCUCGCUCAGAAGCCGUACAGCAAAGCAGUGGACUGCUGGUCCAUAGGAGUUAUUUCUUAUAUUCUGUUAUGUGGAUACCCUCCGUUUUACGAUGAAAACGAUGCCAAGUUAUUUGAGCAGAUUCUGAAAGCAGAGUAUGAAUUUGACUCUCCGUACUGGGAUGACAUCUCAGAUUCAGCCAAAGACUUCAUCUGUCACCUGAUGGAGAAAGAACCUUUGAAGAGGUAUACAUGUGAUCAGGCGCUUCAGCACCCAUGGAUCUGCGGAGACACAGCUCUGGACAAGAAUAUCCAUGAAUCUGUCAGCGCUCAAAUCAAGAAGAACUUUGCCAAAAGUAAAUGGAAGCAAGCAUUUAAUGCCACAGCGGUGGUGCGCCACAUGCGGAAGUUGCAGCUGGGCACAAGUCUCGAGGGACCGAGUCAGAUUACUCCCACAAGUCCCUGCCAUGGACAUCUGCUCCCAGAGGAAGAGGCGGAGGACGAGGAGGAGGAGGAGGAAGACGAGUUGGGGAAUGGGGAGGAGGAGAGCUUAUCCCACUACGAGGACGGUCGCCGUGGCAGCACCGAGGGCAGCGCAGACCGGGACAGCCUGAGAAGCUGCACCUACUGCUGCAGGCCAGCCAGUCGCGUUUGAGCCCAGCCUCCGGUUGUCAUGGUGACAUCGUAUCCCUGGAGCGCCCAGAGCCCGCCCACCCGCCCGCCCAGUCUGGCCAGGAAUGCAGAGUAGUUAUCAGGCAGUGUCCACCAGAAUACAUCCACAGCCAGCAGGUCACAUUGUGGAGAAAUAUACUGUAAGUCUUUCCCCCACAAUACAAAAUACAACAUACACACAUCCUCACUCAAGACACACAAGUUUUAACUUUUUUGUUUGUUGCAGAACAGAAUGCAAGGCUGCUCCCGAGUAGACAGUGAUUUAAAGAAAGGGCCAGUCUGCAUGAUGAGCAACCUAACAUAGAGUUGUCCAGCUACAGCAGACAGGAGUCAUUACAGUGUGUUCUGUAAAAUAUGUUGUUAGAAGGUUCCAGUCUUCUGGAGUUUAAUCAAAGAAUAGGCAGUGGCCCAAAGGCAGACUUCUCUAUAAUUUUUGUUCUCACAUUAUCUGUCACAUCUACCUCUAUUCAUAAUUAAGGUCAGUCUACAUCCAUCUGGCUCAGGCGCUCUACGUUACUGGCAGCCUUCUCCAAAAAUCUGGCCAGACAGGGCACAAAGAAAAGGGAAACACUGAAAGCUACUCCUGCAUGUCUUAAUACUCCUUACCCCUCAAUGUGACUCGCUCCGGUCGCUGACCAAGUAGCUGUUUAGUUGAAUAGUGUUCAUCUUGAGGCAUGACUUCACUGCCGAUGCCCCCCGCCCAUUUGUUCUGUUUUAUCACUUUUUUCACAUUAAGUGUUUCUGUCCUUUUUAUAAGUAUUUAAUUAUUUUUUAAAGCUUUUUUUUUUUUUAAUUGGAGGGUGAUUCUGGGGACUUUGGACUCUAUAUUCUGGCUCAGACUGGGUUUGUGAAGAGCGGUUCUGACGUAGAGUGUGUGCAUGCUUCUGUUGGAGAAAAAAUAUUGAAAUAGAUGAAUAUCAGAAGGAGACUUUUUGUUUUAUGGCUGUUCUGUUAGGAGAGGCUCAAACUGAGAUCCCUGUGCACCUGUAAAUCGGAGGAAUCGUAUCUGACUAUCCUCUGUGGGCUCACAUCAUUUAAGAAAGAAAGAGUUAUGGGUUAGUGUUGCGAAUCCACUUUGCGUGGGAAGAAAAAGAUCAUGCAUCACCAUGCACAUUCUCCCUGUUCUGUUGCUGAUAAGCGUCUAAAUAUUGUCCGGCUUAUGCCGGGUCGGAGGGAUCUCAGUCUGGGCGCUCCGCCUGCUCUGUGCUGUGCACCUCUAGUGGAAGAAGUUUUGGUCUACUGUUUGCAUGACCUGGUUAAAUAUGUUUACAUGAAUGAUGAUCAAUUAGUAUAAACACACGAUUAUUAUUACUCUGUUGUAUUUAAAAAUGAUGUAAUACUGUAAUUUUGAGCUAUAUAAUGUGAAGUGAGUAACACCAGAAGUAAUGUUGUUGACAAAGUACAACACAGCACAGUGGACUUAUCAUUUGCAUUUACUACGACGGUCAAGUCUCUACCCGAGUGACAUUUCUCCUGUACUUUGUUUGUUUACAACUCAAAUAUUCUGUUUUCCUGUCGUUGCUUUUGUAUUAUUUAUUUAUUCCCUAUUGAUACCCAGGCACAAGCAGAAAAAAAUACACAUAUCUUAAUGAAACGCAUGUGCCAGCCACAGUACAAAACAUUACAAAAUAUAUAGAGAUGCUGGAAAUAUCACAUGUCCGCCAAGGGUGUAUUCUUCAGUGUGCAUUUGUCCUCCUGGGUAGAUGAACUGCAGUACUAAAGCCAUACAGUAAAGUGGGGAUGUUUAACUGUACAUUCAGAUAUGUUGUCAUCUUAUAAAUAUAUGACUUCAAUUAAGGAUGGCUAUGAUUUGGCACAAUAUUUAAUGUAGAAAAAAACAAGACAAAAUUAUUAAAUUCAAAUCCAAACACUUAAAUCCUGAUAUAAAUCUCACCAUAUCGUUGUUGAUUUAAGGUAUGUCAUGUCACCAUAUUAUUAGUUAGCCGUAGAAAUAAUAAACAAAUUCAUGCUAGUUCCCUAAAUCUGUCAUUGACACUUACAGGUCCAUAGUAGAAUAAAAGAAGGCAAUUACUCUGGAUUUACAUGACGGUAAUUGUGGAAAAUAUGCAAACUGUGUGUGAAGGGCUUCAUGUUAACUGUACGAUAGCCAAUGUUGAUGAAUUUGAUAACUGGCUAUUAAUUGUUUGGUAAUUACCUGUCAUUGAACUUUCCCUGGGAUUUGUUUCCAUUUGGCUGUGUUUUUUUAAAUCUUAUUUUACCCAUUACAACACAUCUAAAUUCAUAAAGAAACACGUGUAUAUUAUAUAUAUAAAUAUAAGUAUAUAUUGUAUAUCCUUUUUUGUAAAAGCUGUUUUGAGCUACAACUGUAUGGAUGCAAUGCAUCAUGGGUUAUUGGAUAAGAUGUAAGAAAAUACAAUGAUUUGUACCCACUGAGAUAUGAUUGCAGGAAAUGAAAUAAAACCUCCUUGUCUAUG